AUGGCCAAGUGGCUCCGGGAGUACCUGGGCCGGGGGGCCCGGCGCUCCCCCCCGCGCCCGCCCCAGCCCGACUACAGCGGUCCCGGGGGCCCCCCCGCCGCCGCCCCCGGAGCCGCGCUCCGCGGCCCCGCCGCCUCCCCGCGCCACCGCCUCGUGCGGGUGGGGGGCGCGGGGCCGGGGGGCGGCCCCCGCCGCCUGCAGCAGGGCGCAGGUGAGAGCGAAUACUCCGAGCCCUUCGAGGGGGAGCAGGACCCGGCGGCCGAGAGCGGCUGCGACGAGGAGGCCACAGGGUGCCCGCGGCAGGGCGAGGGCCGGCGGGUGCGGCCGCGCCGGGGUCCCCAACUCUACGACACCCCCUCCGAGGAGUGGGACACGGCCGGGGACGGCCCGGGGGGACCCCCGGCCCGCGAGAGCCGCCUCCCCCGCGACGACGAGCGCCCGGCCGACGAGUACGACCAGCCCUGGGAGUGGAAGAAGGAUCACAUCUCGCGGGCGUUCGCAGUGCAGUUUGAGAGCCCCGAGCGCUCCCCCAGCCUGUCCCGGCAGCUGCCGCGCUCCCCCCGGGCCCCCGGCGGCCCCCGGCCCGGCUGUCCCCCCAGCCCCAGGCACGUGGACACCUCGCUGCCCCUGGAGAAGCAGGCGUGGUACCACGGCCCCAUCGGGCGGGCGGGCGCCGAGACGCUGCUGGCGCUGUGCCGCGAGGGCAGCUUCCUGGUGCGGGACUGCGAGACCAGCCCCGACGACUACUCGCUGUCCCUCAGGAGCAGCCAGGGUUUCGUGCACGUGAAGCUGACGCGGACCCGGGAGCAGCACUUCACGCUGGGCCGGGCCGGGGCCGCCUUCCCGUCGGUACCGGCGGCCGUGGGGCACUACACGGCCCGGGCACUGCCCGUGCGCGGUGCCCGCCACCUGUCCCUGCUCUACCCUGUGGCCGUGCAGCCCCUGUGAGCCCCCCGGGACCCCCGGCCGGGCCCCCCCGCCCCAUUAAAGCC